CACUGUUAAGUUGCUGUUGCUGUUAAGUAAACAGCUGAUUGUUGAUUGCCAAAAAUCAUAACAUUUGCCGCUCAGUGAAAAUUGUUUAAUUUAUUUAAAAAAUGGAAUUGCCGCCGCGCAUUGUUUACGUAUGCAGUUUGUGUCUACGGCAAUAUGAUUUAAUGGAGGAUUUGCGUGGACAUAUGAUGUUCUUUCAUGGCUAUCAGCCGAUUAAAGCUGACUCGGCUAAACAGGAAAAAGCACAGAAAACAGAGACACACAAUCAGUUGGCGUCCCGCAUGGAUUCGCCGCCUCCUCCACCCGCCGAAUUGCAGCCCAUGCCCUUUAAAGACUUUCGACUUGCACUGCGUGUAAAAAUGCAAAUACCUUGUGCUGAGAUCAGCGCUUGCAGCUACAAAUUCGAGGAUGCCCACAAGCUGAUGUUGCACGCCAAGUGCCACAAGGGCGAGGGGCAGGGGGAGGCUUACAGCUGCAGCGAGUGUGGACUGGAGUUUACAAACUGGCGACGCUGCUCCUCACAUCUCUGGAAAAUGCAUCAACUGGAUGUGGAUCUAUUGCAAUGUCCAGUACUCGGCUGUGACUACAAGUCGGCGAUCUCGGCGCUCGUCUGGCGACACAUGCGAGUGCACCGGAAGUGGCGUGGCAGAGUGCUGCGACGGGAACUGCUGCGACGUCGUGCCCAGAAACAGCAGCAGGAGCAGCAGCAGCAUCAACAACAGUUAGACGAGUCAACUGCAUCUCAAGUGGCGCCACAAACAGCGCCAGUUAAAAAGAACAAAUAUUAUGCGGAGAAAACCUGUGAGAUUUGCCAGAGAAAGUUUGUCAGCGGAAAAACACUGUCCAAGCAUGUAAAGACUGUGCACAACAAAAUCAAACCAUUCAUCUGCAGUGUGUGUGGCAAGAAGACAGCGCGAAAGGCCAGCUUAAUAAUACACAUGCGUCAGCACACAGGUGAAAAGCCGUUGAAAUGCGAGCACUGCAAAUUUUCCACGCGUGAUCCCAGCUCACUUUAUAAGCAUCGUCAGCGACAUGCCAAAGAUGUGGCAGCAACAGCAGCGACACAAACCAGCUUGCCACAAAUAAGAUGAAAUUUAAAACAAGAUUUGAAUUUAAAUGUUCAUUUAUUGAGUUUACGUUUUCCAUUUAAUGUUAAUAUCAUUUUAGAAUCUGAUAUGAUUUUGGUUUUUGGUUUUUGUUUUUUACAACACUUUGAAAUUUAGCUUAUGUUGAUUUACGUUUUCAUUUAUUAAUUCUUUUAUGUUUAAACUAGUUUUUAAUUUAAAUUUUAAAUUGUAUUUUUAAAAAUCUAACCUCCAUCGUCGUGUGGUCUGUGGUCUUUGCAAAAUUCAAUUCUGAGCCUCAAGUCGACUUCUGUGUACGCUUUCCAGUGUGUCUUUUGCCUCAGUCCAUAUUUUUGUGAGAUCGGCGCACAUAAUAUAGUAUAAUUCAUAUUUAUCAUAAUAUAUAUUUGCCUAAUUGUUUCAAAAUUUAAACUGAACAGAAUCUGUUUAAUAUGUAUGUUAUAUAAUUAAUUAAUUUUAAUUUAAUUAUUAGUUGAUCAUUUGUAAUUGAUUUAAAGUUUGUAAUCUGAUCCGAUACGAUUUCUUUCGUUUCCGAUCUCAAGAAUCUUAAGUUAAGUAUGUUAAGUAUGUAUAUUUUAGCUGUUUAUUUAUGUUUCUGAUUUUUUAAUUUUCCUCCACUACUCGAUUAAUCUUUUCAAAUCAAUAAUGUGUGUAUAUUUUUGUAAUUUUAUUGUCUGAGUUUGAUUUGAGUAUCAAAACAAUUGUCGCUAUUUUGUUCUCUCGAGUGAAUGCUAAAUGAAAUGCUUGAAAUAAAAGUCUCUGUGUAAAAUUGUUAAUACAAUUA